AUGCGUGCUACCACCUUCCUCCUCGGCACAGCCAGCCUCCUGGCCAUGACCCAAUCAGUCUGGGCCGCAAACAGCCAGUGCGUAGAGAACUGCGAGGUCAAACAUGCGACUGUCUCGUGGUGCAAUGGCAACGAAACAGGCAAGGCUCUUGCCAAAUGCACCUGUGCAUCUUUUACAACCACAACCCCCAUGAUCAAGUGCAUCAAGGAGUGCCCGACGGCCGACCAGUCACAGUUUGCUGCCGGCUUGCCUUCCAUGUGCCGGGGAGAGCUCUUCCCUGGGGUCAAAGUCUCUAGCACGACGACAACGAGUGCAUCGGGCGAAGCCACUUCCACUGGCGCGAGCCCGACUACUACCAAUGGCGCUGCCAUAAAUGCGCCGACGCAGAUCGCUAUGGUGGGUGCUGUAUUGGCUGGAUUGUUGGUUUAG